AUGCCUCCUCUCGUGGGCGCAGCUGCUUCGAACACUUUAUUCAAUAUGAUGAGCCUCCUGCACGACUUGCCAGCGACUUCUCGGGGCAAGGUCUUCUCAAAAUGCUCGACAUGCUUCUUCUCGGCCACCGCCGCCUUGGACGCGAAGAGGUCGAAGAAACACAAAAUACAGAGACACAUUGACCCAUACCGCCUAGCGCAGGCACGACAACGGAAAUCAGCAAACCUGGCGCGACAAAAAGUCCUUCUUGCGGAGCGCCAAGCUACUGUGGGCAGUCCUGUCCGAUCUCGAUCAGCGCCUUUCGUCGAUUCACUGCAUUCCAGAGCUAUUCCGGACAGCAUGCGAGAAUCCUAUUUGAACUACUUUCUCAAGCCGGAAGACAUGGGAAAGUCCUUAGACUACUCGAGAUGGCUAUCUGAGCCGGUUGCCCCCAGGGUAGAAAUCGAUCCCAAUGCAAAGGAGACCUAUGCAAAAGAGCUUGAGACUCAUGCAGUUUCUCACGAGAAUGCCUCGAAAGCGCUCCAAGCCAUUGCCGCGUUGGAUAAUUCAAGCAGCAAGGACCGCCUACGAGUCAAUAUUGACCGAUGCAUUCAGGAAUUUGGUCGACAUAACACCGAUUCAAGCCUUCUACCGAAGCUGCACAGCAACCUUUCAACCCCCUCCAAACCUCGUCCAAGAGUUGGUCCAGAUACUGGCUCCUCUGAGGUGCAAAUAGCCAUUCUCACCACCAAGAUCAACAUUCUUGCAGACAAUCUGCACAACCAGGACAAACAAAACAAGCGGAAUCUGAGGCUGUUGGUCCACAAGAGGCAGAAGUUGCUCAAAUACCUGAGAAGAGAAGACAGGGGUGGACCGAGAUGGCAGAAUGUCGUCGAGAAAUUAGGCAUCUCCGACGCAAUGUGGAAAGGCGAGAUUUCCUUGUAA